AGGGCCCCUGCCCGGGACUGCGCCACUGGCAGAGAAGCCACCGUCUUCCCACCGUCAGCACCGGGCCACCAGCUCAUACACCUGCCCCUUCGGGGGCACCAGCCUCCAGGCCUCACUGGAGCCCAGUUUGGGUUUUAGGGAAUCAUCUCAGCAGCGUCAGCAUGUCCCGGCCAAGCAGCAGAGCCAUUUACUUGCAUCGGAAGGAGUACCUGCAGAAUAUCGCCUUGGAGCCCACCCACCUGCAGCACAGGGUGGAGCACCUGAUGACAUGUAAGCUGGGGACACAGAGAGUCCAGGAGCCCAAGGAUGUUCUGCAGAAGCUGCAGGAGAUGGACGCUCAGGGCCGGGUGUGGAGCCAGGACUUGCUCCUGCAGGUCAGGGAUGGCUGGCUCCAACUGCUGGACAUCGAGACCAAGGAGGAGCUAGAGUCCUACCGCCUGGACAGCAUCAAGGUCAUGGACGUGUCGCUCAACACCGGCUCCUACAACUCUGUCCUGUCCAUCACCGUGCAGGAUUCGGGCCUGCGAGGCACUAGCACUCUGCUUUUCCAGUGCCAGGAAGUGGGGGCAGAGCGACUGAAGACCAGCCUGGAGAAGGCUCUGGAGGAGGAGCUAGAGCAAAGGCCCCGGCUGGGAGCCCUUCGCUCGGACCAGGACCGGUGGAGGGGGCCUCCUCUGGAAAGGCCACUCCCUAAGGAGCCGGCGCCUCCUCUGGAGUGGGGACCCCAUCCCGAACAGCACUACUUGAUGGGCCCAGAGCACGACACCCCACCGCCAUCUCCAAGGCCCCUGCCAUUCCGCACCAGCAUCCGAGAGCCAAGCACCUUCUUGCUGUCUCCUUCAAGGAGGUCCCCAUCCCCUGAGGACCCAAAAUGGGAUAAGGAGGUGCUGGACCACGUCCUAAGGGACAUCGAGAUGUUUGUGGGGAAGCUGGACAAGGCCCAGUCAAAGACCGGUCGUAAGAAGAAGAAUCUCAGGAAGAAAAAUAAAAAGAAUAAGGGAGAGAUAACAGAGGAACAUUACAUCGACUGCUUCCAGAAGAUCAAGUACAGCUUCAACCUCCUGAGUCUGAGCCGCAGCCCCAGAGAGCCUGGCGGUGUCGGGCUCGGCAGAGACAGCCACAGCUUCCUGGCCGCAGAGCUGUCCCCAGCUCCCAGCAACAGCAGCAGGGACCGUGGAGCCCGCAGCCCCGUCUGUGCAGCUUCGGAAGUGCCCACCGCUCCCGCCUCUGCCCCCGCAGCAGAACCUGCCCCCCAGGAGACUCUGAACGUGCCAGAGGCGCCUGACAUCCUGGUUUCCCAGGGGGUGGUCCUGUUGACUCAGGCAGCAGUAAGGCCUCAGUACCCUGGAGGCGCCGACGGUGACAUCUAG